UCUUCCGUGGAAAUCGCUGAGAGUGUGAUUCAGUGUAAUUUAUGACAUGGUCACGUGAUUACAGUUCGUUGAUUUAAAAUAAUUCAAAUUCGUAAACAGAUUCCUGAAUUACAGGAAUGGCAUUAUGUAGCGUUCUACCGUUGUGCAUAAAAUAAAACUAAUGAUCCAAUAAGAAAGUUCAUGAAAUAUACAAGUUUAUUUUAUGCAGUAACGGUUAUAGAUUGAAAGGACGAAAAGAUAAAAGACGUUACAACAUUCUCGAUAGUGAACACCUACUCUAUUUGCCAUAAUUAUUUCCGUAAGUUUUUAUAAUUACAUUAAAAUGGAGCAAUUGAAGUGGACAACACCGAUUAAGAAUGAAAACAAGCAUGACGGCAUAGCAAUGAAGAGCCCUAUAAUGUACAAGACACCUGUGAAACGGCAUGAUUCAAUUUCAACGCACGCAACAUGUCAAAACAAUAUAAGUUGUUUCAGUGUGCUUCCUAGUCAUAUUACUCCACCAUCAGGACUAACAACGUUUAUGGCAAGAAAUCCAUUUGAGACUGAUUUAACUAGUAGACUGCAUUUAUCUGUAAUUAGUCCGACUGUGUUUAGUAAGGUUUCAAAUUCGUCCCAGCAGUCUCCAGAUUUUGCAUGGUGCGUGGAUGAACUGGCCAUGAUACAGCCAGCAAGUAUAGAAGAAUUUCCUGAGCAACAGGUACACUGUAUCGAUCAAGAAACUGAAGUAAAAGCUCAAGCAGCUAUCGAUCGAUUUUUUAAGGAAAAUAAAAUCAUUCCAAGCCCAUGGGAAGUAAAGAAGAAAGACAGUAGAAUGGAAAUUAAAACAGACACUCCAACUAGAGCAUCUAGUAACAUGAAUGCAGUAUCUUCAAAAUUGAAGAAAGAUGGAUGGAGUCAAACACUAUUAUCGUUGCCGCCUGAUUUACCAUCGCACGUUGAAGAAGUUUUAAAACCUUAUUUGACAUUCACUCAAGAACAGAAUCUUGAGAGUGAUGACUCGAACUCGAGCAAUAACUCCUUGAGAAGAAAGUUAUUCUGCAACCACGAUGAAUAUUUGGAUAAAGAGGAAAACUUUUCUGAAUCUGUGUCAUCUGUGAAAUUGAAUGGAUCUCUUAUAUUGUCUUCCAGUCAUCCACAAAGUGGCAUGCUAGCAGAUGGAGUUCCAUUCAAACCAUCACAAGAUUCAGAAAAUCGUUUCGAUACAUCUGAAAUUGUUCUUGAUAAUUUAUCUUCUCCGAACAUAUCUCCAAUACAUAAAAGAGCAAAUAACAUGUCUUGCGAAAGUAUACAAUUUCGAAAUCGUUCAGUUGUCCGAUUAGACUUUGUCACAGAAAUGAGCGUGGAUCAAUCCAGCGAGGAAGAUAACGAAUACUCAAAUGAUAAUUCUUCAGAUGUGUCCUUUGACAACGUUAUGACACCAGUGGCAGAAUACGAAAUUCAUAAGUUCCUAAAUUUCGACAAUAACUCCGAGCAUGCUCAAAUUAAUAACUCGCCCGGGACGAAAAUUGUCGCGAAAAAUUCGACUUAUAUCGAAAAGAACUUUGAGACUGAGGACGUAGAACUUCCUUCGAAAGAUCGAAACGAUAUUUACACAUUUACUAAAUUAGGCAUGUCUGACCAACAAAGUGUUUCAAACUCUGUACAAGACACCGGUUAUCAGACUUAUAGUAUGAAUAGUGCAACGAAUAUAACUGGCAGCUGUAACAAUACUCCAGUGAAGCAAAAGAUUUGUUACAGUGAACGACUUUUAUUGACGGACGACGUCCAACAGACUGACUGGAAAGAGAACAUGAAAAAUGUAUUCUGUUCUACACCCUCAAGAUCAA